UCAGCAACUUUUCCUGUUUACCUAAGGCGAAAAAGGUGACCCGAAUCCAAGAUUUUUUACUUAAGGUUGUUAGCUACAUGUUAGCUCGCUGUUCAGUCGACAAAACUGGAUGUAUCAUACAGAAAUGUGUCCCUGAAUUAGCUAACGUUCGCGUUAACUGUCGCUGUAACCGUCGACGACAGACUUUGAACACGGCGAGACGUGACGUUACUAAUUAAGUUAAUUGUUAACUCACAGCCUUAUCCGUUUGUUUUGAUUGUAACCUAGAUUAAAACGGACUCUGUCUGCUGAGCAGACAGUCCCAAGUGUACUCUGUAUUAUUAGCCUACGCCAUAACAAUAAAGCCCCACGAACCGCCAUUGUUGCUAUAGGGUUCUACAUUAGCAACACCUCCGCGGUACCAAACCAACAGAUGGAUGGUGAAGCAGGCCCAGUGUGUGGAGGCAGCCAGAGAGAGAAGAAAAGGUCAUGCAAAGACUUAAUGAUGGAUGUGGAGGAGCUGGAGGAAGCAGAUUUGGAUUUUGAGGAAUGUAGCACCAAUAAACUUUACAAGGAACCAGAAGGUUUACUCAUCAAGAAAAGGAAACACUCUGGUAAUAGUGAAGCUGAGCCUGAACUUUAUGGAGCAGAGUCCUCCGGCUUCCUCCCUGCUUAUCCAGUCUGUGUGUCACGAGACAGAUGGGAAGAAAGAGAAGAAGAAGAGGAUAUCCAAGACAAGUUGUUGCAUUCAUGUUGCACAGUAGAGGGCAGCAUUGAUCAGGCAAGUCCAAGCUCCAUGUUAGGGUACUGGGUGUAUCCAGCUAACCAGCACAGUAUGGCAGACUGUCCCAUUACCAGGACUAUCACCCCUCUGGCUACUCCAGUAACCCACAGGCCUUGUCCAUUCAUACCUGUUCCUAGUUCAGUGACAGACAUUGCUUCUACAGUGUGCUCUGUAGUUAAUCCCAUGAUGUCCAGCCCCAUGACUGACACCUGUAGUCCCAUUAGUUCUAUGUGCAGUCCCACCAGUUCAGCUUGGGACACUCUCAGAUCCACAUCCACGAGUCCUGGCUACGCUGAUCAGGAUCCUGUCAGUGCUGCAGCUCAUCUACACCUGUUGGGAGAAUCCUUGUCCCUGAUUGGACACCAUCUUCAGGAGACCAAUAAAAUGGUGAGUAUGUCGAGUAGCUUGUCUCUGCUCUUGGACUCUCUGCUGUGUGCCCUGGCUCCUCUAAUCUGCCUCACCGCACAGAUACCAGAGCUGAGGAGCUGCACUCAACACACACUGGCCUCCACUCUGGGAAACAUUGCCUAUGUGAUGCCUGGGUUGUGAGUGAUGAUGAAGACCACACUAGCAGCACACAGCACGUUCUAAUAUGCUGAAAGACACUAUAGGUUAGUUUACACUUGAACAAUAUGUCUAAAAUCUAUUUUGUUAUAAAAGAAUAAUUGUUUGCACUAAAACAUUUUGUUUUGUUUUAUCACAAACAUGCAAGUUUACUUUAAUAUGACAGGUUACUUUCUUGUAUUGGUUGGUUAAUUAAAAGAUGUGUGUAAAGAUUGAA